CAUCGAUCGUUGUGCAUAAACAUUUUAACAACAACGUUACGUGUUAGAUUUUUAAGUUUUUAUAUAAAUUUUCUUUAAUUUUUUUUUUUUUGCAAUUUUUCUGGAUUAAAGAAACGCUAGUGAUUUUUUAAAAAUUUUAGAAAUUUUUUAAAGAAAAGUUUUCAAGUAGUUUUAGUGCUUUUUUAUGACAAAAUGGCCAAACUGUUGACCUAUAUUUUCAUAGUCGGUUCUAUUAUCUUGUGGUACUUCCUGUUAUUUGGCUACGGUGGCGAUAAGGUUGGUGGCAGUGAAGGUGGUGGUGGCGGCGGUGUUAUUCCGGGAGUAGCUGCCACAAAUGGUCAUGGAAACCCAUUGGAAGGUCGUGAUUAUCAUCAUAUGGAAAGGGCGGGUCAUAUCAAAAGAGAUUUAAAUCACUGCUGGCGCCGUUACGAUGGCUAUAAUUUACAAAAUACGAUAGUCAAUAAAAAGGAACAACUUAAAAAGCCCUACGGUAUACUAUGUAAUUUUAAAUGCACCUGGUUUUUUACAAUAACAUUUCCCACAUGUGAAUUUAUUUAUGAUUAUAAAUUAUCCUGUUACUUAUUUACAUCACUGCCCGAUUGUACUACAGUGAAGUGUACACUAUUAAAUUAUUUUACCUAAAUUACAUUACAUUUAAUUAAUUAAAUUUAAUUUUAUUUUCAAAUAUUUUAAUUUCUUUAAAUUUACUACAACUACUGC